GUCAGGUGGAGGAUCCCUUUCCCUCCCGCCCUGCUUUUGCCAGGGGAGGGGGGUGCCCCGAGCCUGAGUCACAGCCAGCCUGGGAGCUGGGCCAUGUUGGCCACAGACAGCCCCCUGGUGAAGGUCCCCGUCGGCUUUGGGAAGUAGACGUGGGUCUGCCUCACGGGGCUGAGGUGGGACUGGAGGAUUUCAAGGGCAGAGCUCUGGGAAGGAAAGAAAGGCUUAGGACCCAGCGGGCAUUCUCCCUGGCACUGCGGGGACCUGGCCAGCUCGUGGCGUUCCCUGAGCCUGUUCCCCAGCUGUGAAAGGGGGUGAUGAUCUUCACCUCCCGGCAUCCUGAGCGGCCAAGCAGGUUGGGGGCGCCUGCCCCCCACUAGUCCAAGUGGAGGGGGUCCCUCCGCCCAAUGGGCCUGGCCAGGGCCCUACGCCGCCUCAGCGGCGCCCUGGAUUCGGGAGACAGCCGGGCGGGCGAUGAAGAGGAGGCCGGGCCCGGGUUGUGCCGCAACGGGUGGGUGCCAGCGCGGGUGCAGUCACCGGUGGGCCGGCGCCGCGGUCGCUUCGUCAAGAAGGACGGGCACUGCAAUGUGCGCUUCGUGAACCUGGGUGGCCAGGGCGCGCGCUACCUGAGCGACCUGUUCACCACGUGCGUGGACGUGCGCUGGCGCUGGAUGUGCCUGCUCUUCUCCUGCUCCUUCCUCGCCUCCUGGCUGCUCUUCGGCCUGGCCUUCUGGCUCAUAGCCUCGCUGCACGGCGACCUGGCCGCCCCGCCACCGCCUGCGCCCUGCUUCUCACACGUGGCCAGCUUCCUGGCCGCCUUCCUCUUCGCGCUGGAGACACAGACGUCCAUCGGCUACGGCGUGCGCAGCGUCACCGAGGAGUGCCCGGCCGCUGUGGCCGCUGUGGUGCUGCAGUGCAUCGCCGGCUGCGUGCUCGACGCCUUCGUCGUGGGUGCUGUCAUGGCCAAGAUGGCCAAACCCAAGAAGCGCAACGAGACGCUGGUCUUCAGCGAGAACGCUGUCGUGGCGCUGCGCGACCACCGCCUCUGCCUCAUGUGGCGCGUCGGCAACCUGCGUCGCAGCCACCUGGUCGAGGCCCACGUGCGUGCCCAGCUGCUGCAGCCCCGUGUGACCCCAGAGGGUGAGUACAUCCCGCUCGACCACCAGGAUGUGGAUGUGGGCUUUGAUGGAGGCACCGAUCGUAUCUUCCUCGUGUCCCCUAUCACCAUCGUCCAUGAGAUCGACUCUGCCAGCCCUCUGUAUGAGCUAGGACGUGCCGAGCUGGCCAGGGCUGACUUCGAGCUGGUGGUCAUUCUCGAGGGGAUGGUUGAGGCCACAGCCAUGACCACACAGUGUCGCUCGUCCUACCUCCCUGGUGAACUUCUCUGGGGCCAUCGUUUUGAGCCAGUUCUCUUCCAGCGUGGCUCCCAGUAUGAGGUCGACUAUCGCCACUUCCACCGCACUUACGAGGUCCCAGGGACGCCGGUCUGCAGUGCUAAGGAGCUGGAUGAACGGGCAGAGCAGGCUUCCCACAGCCUCAAAUCAAGUUUCCCCGGCUCUCUGACUGCAUUUUGUUAUGAGAAUGAACUUGCUCUGAGCUGCUGCCAGGAGGAAGAUGAGGAUGAUGAGGCCGAGGAAGGGAAUGGGGCGGAGACAGAAGAUGGGGCUGCUAGCCCCCGAGUUCUUACACCAACCCUGGCGCUGACCCUGCCUCUGUGAUGCAAACUGAUGUAGCCUUCCCCAUGUGUGCCCCCUUCCCCAAGGUAGCAAGAUGGAGAGAUAGGGCUCUCUCCUGGGAUGGGGGCAGGUGUUCCUGAAGACCAACAGGCCUGCUGGGUAAAUGACUAGGUGGUAAGGUUCUGCCAUGUCUGGUGACCCACCAUGGACAUACUGGACCUUAAUUUUAAUUUCUCUGCUUCUGUGCUGUCUCCUGAGACCCUUUUAUGAGCCUGAUCCCUGAGUCUCACCACAGUUCUGGAUCACCCAAGAGGAAAAGACUGGUGGUUCUAGAUCCCUCUAUAUGGGGGGAUCUGGAUUGUUGACCAGGGUGAGAAACCAAUGGUAUAGACUGCCUCUGGGGAAGCACGUUGGCUGUUCUUGAACAGCAUCAGAGAUCAAGAGUUUGUAGGUCUGGAUUUACCUAAGCUUCAAGGGAGUGUUGCUUCUCAACUCAGCCAACUGAGUAGCAAAUCAUUUGUUCUAGACCACCUAAGGAGGGAAGGUUAUGGAAUGCCCCAAGUAUGGAAGAUCAUCUUGAUUGACCAAAGACAAAAAAAAAAAAAAAAAAAAAAAGAAAAAGAAAAAGAUCUGUGGUUCCAGAAAGCUCAUUAGUUGAAAUUCUGUGAGUCUAGGUUGACCACAGAGGCAAGCACUGGUGAUUCUAGGACAGGUUUGACCUGGAGAGUUGAACUACUCCAGAAACUAAAGAGUAGUGUUUCUAGAAUGCACAAAACAUUGUGGAGUCUGUGGGUUUAGAAAGACUAAAGUAACAGAUUAGGAGUUCUUGAUAUUAGAUAACUCCAACUUCUGGCUGUAGAGCACCCAACCAAGAGAAUAAGCAAUGCUUUGAAAGGA